AUGUCUUUCCUUCAUAAUCAUUCUUGCGAGUGCGUUAAGUCAGAAUUGGAUUUGUUUGCACUACCGUCUACACAAACUAGCAUUGAAAAUGGAUUGUGGAUUCAUUAUAAACCAAUUUCAUCUCUUGGUGAUGAUGGACCUAUCGAGUUUCAAGUUCCUGGGACCGGCGAUGACUACAUAGAUUUGUCUCAUACAUUACUCCACAUAAAGGCAAAAGUAUUAAAUCAAGAUUCAACUAACUUGGUAUCUACUACAAUAGUAGCACCUGUAAAUAAUUGGCUGCAUUCACUUUUUAGUCAACUUGAUGUUUAUUUAAACCAAAAACUUGUAUCACCACCUAAUAAUACCUAUGCAUAUCGAGCAUACAUGGAAACCCUUUUAAACUAUGCCCCUGCUGCUAAACAAUCUCAUCUUACUUGUAGUCUUUGGUAUGAGGAUACAGCAGGAAAAAUGGAUUCUACAGAUGGUAAAAACAUAGGAUUUGUUAAAAGACAGGAAUUGAUUAGUGAAAGUAAGGAAAUAGAAAUGAUUGGUCAUCUUCACGGUGACAUUUUUAACCAAGAUAAAUUUUUAAUUAAUGGUGUUGAAAUGAGUGUUAAAUUGGUUCGAUCAAGAGAGAGUUUUAAUUUAAUUGUUGGGUCGAACGAUGUAAAGUUUAAAGUUUGCAUUACGGACGCAACUCUUAUUGUGCGACGAGCACGAAUUAAUCCAAGUGUAUUACUCGCACAUCAAAAAGUUUUAGCUUCUACCACUGCUAAAUAUCCUAUUACUCGAGCUGAAGUAAAAGUUUUAACAAUUCCUUCAGGUGUUCAAGGAAAAACUCUUGAUAAUAUAUUUUUAGGACAGGUACCGAAAAGAUGUAUAAUUGGAUUUGUGAACAAUUCUGCAUUUAAUGGUUCCCUUACUAAAAAUCCAUUUAACUUUGAAAACUAUGGUAUUAAUUCUUUCAGCUUAUAUAUUGAUGGUCAACAAAUACCUUCAAAAGCUUUGCAACCAUCUUUUAAUAAUAGCAUAUUUACAUCAGCAUAUCAUACUCUAUUCUCGGGAACUGGUAUUCACUUUCUUAAUGAAGGAAAUGGAAUCUCUUGUGAACAGUAUGGCAAAGGUUACUGUAUAUUAGCAUUUGACUUAACUCCUGAUUUAUCAGCUAACUCAUCAACUCAUUGGAAUCUCAUAAAGCAUGGUAGUGUAAGAAUAGAAGUACGAUUUGAAUCCUCAUUAAUACAAACAAUUAACUGUAUAGUUUAUGCUGAGUUUGAUAAUAUUAUUGAGAUAGAUAAAAACAGAAAUGUUACUGUAGACUAUAGUAGUUAA